AUGACACCACAGAAGCGGAACGACGUGCCGUUCCAAUGGUCGAAGUCGUGCGAAGAAGCGUUUAGGAAGGUGAAGCAGGAGAUGCAAUCCGACAGCUUUCUGGUGCAUUACAACCCCGAGUUGCCACUGGUGUUGGCGACUGAUGCAUCUCCCUACGGUGUCGGAACCGUCCUUAGUCACGUCCUGCUGGACGGAUCGGAACGGCCUAUACAAUACGUGUCGCAGACCUUGAACGAGACACAACGUAAGUACAAACAAGUUGAUCGUGAAGCGUAUGCUAUUGUUUUCGGCAUUCGACGGUUCCACCAGUACUUGUACGGGCGCAAGUUCGUUCUCUACACGGACAACGAGCCUGUAAAGCAGAUUUUCUCCGAGACGAAGGGAUUACCAACUAUGUCAGCCUUGAGAAUGCAACACUAUGCGACUUUCCUCCAAUCCUUCGAUUACACAAUCAAAUUCCGCCCCACUAAGCAGCAUUGCAAUGCGGACGCGUUUUCACGGUUGCCGAUAGCUACGAAGCAGCCGGACAACGUCGUAGAAGAAGUCGCCAUGCUGGAAACCAGUAUCAUCGAGACGAUGCCGGUAACGGUCGAGGACUUGGCCAAGGGAACUGCGGCCGACGGUUCGGUCAAGUUGCUGCAUCAUGGACUACGAAACGGAAAGACAGUAGAGGCGAAGGAUCGAUUCGGUAUCGAUAGAAACGAAUUCUCCUUGCAGCAAGGGUGUAUUUUGCGGGGUAUUCGGGUUUACAUUCCACCUGAACUUCGGACGAAGGUACUCAACGAACUGCAUUCCAUUCAUUUUUGCCGCCUAAAAGCACUCGCCAGAGGAUACGUCUGGUGGGAACGCAUUGACAGGGACAUCGAAGAGUUAGUCAAGAACUGUGCGUCCUGUCAAGUUACGAAUCCUGCAAAAGCUCCGUUACAUUGCUGGGAACAUGCUGCACAGCCGUUCGAACGAGUACACGUGGAUUUCGCUGGGCCGUUUAUGGGGAAGUAUUUCAUCGUCUUCGUCGACGCGUACACGAAUUGGCCAGAGGUGAAGAUUCUACGGGACAUUACGACGGCUACGACUAUCAACGCCUGUACACAGCAAAUAAUUUUGUAA